AGAAAAUUUGAAAGCAACGGUCAAAUGCAUCGGGCCGGUCAUGUUAACACCAUAACAACAACUACACAUCAACAAUUCUACAUCAAUUUCUUGUGCAAAUCCUUAGAAACCUGCAAUUUACUUCAUGCAAAAUCUAUUCACGCCAAUCUCAUCAAAGCCUCUAUUCCCUCUUCCAUUUAUCUCAGCAAUCACCUUCUCAAUUUUUACGUCAAAUUUGGGGACCUCAACUAUGGUCUCAAACUGUUCGACCAAAUGCGUGAGAGAAAUGUUGUGUCUUGGUCCUCUGUCAUUUCUGGUUUUGUUCAACACGGUUGUUCCAGUCAAGCUCUCUCUUUAUUUUCCGGCAUGCACCGCGAGUCUAUGGUUUCUCCGAAUGCGUUUACUCUUGUAAGCGCGCUCCGUGCUUGUUCUUUAUCGGAGGAUUUGAAAGAUUUGUACCAAAUUUAUGCGCUUAUUAUUCGGUUAGGAUUUGAAUCCAAUGUGUUUGUUGUCAAUGCAUUUCUAACUGGUUUGAUUCGACACGAAAAGUUGUUAGAGGCUAAACAGGUAUUCAAUGAAUGUUUAAAUAAGGAUAUUGUAACUUGGAAUGCUAUGAUGGCAGGGUUAUUACAAUUAUCUUGUUUAGAAUUGCCUAGUUUUUUGUAUCGGAUGUGUUAUGAUGGUCUCAAGCCUGAUCAUUUUACUUUUGCCACUAUUUUUACUGGAUUGGCAGCUGAUAUUUCGGAUAUCAGAUUGGGUUUGCAAGUUCAUGGACGGCUUAUCAAGAGUGGUCAUGGUGCUGAUGUUUGUGUUGGAAAUUCUCUGUUGGAUAUGUACUUAAAGAACCGGAGGAUGGUGGACGGUGGCAAGGCUUUCGACGAGUUGAGUAUUAAAAAUAAGCGAUCUUGGACCCAAAUGGCUGCUGGAUUUCUAGAAUAUGGAGAACCGCGAAAAGCUCUCGAGCUUUUCGUGGAAAUGACGCAGACGGGGAUGGAGCACAACAAUUUCACUCUUGCCACUGCCCUUAAUGCUUGCGCCAAUUUGCCUUCCGUGGAGGAUGGAAAGAAAAUUCAUGGAUUGAGAGUGAAGUUUGGUUCUGAGGUUGAUGUUUGUGUGGACAAUGCUCUGCUCGAUAUGUAUGCAAAAUCAGGAUGCAUGAAAGAAGCGGAAAUUGUGUUCCGUAUGAUGCCUUGUCGAUCUGUGGUUUCAUGGACAUCUAUGAUUAUUGGGUAUGCACACAAUGGUCAAGCUAGAGAAGCUCUGGAGAUUUUUGAUGAGAUGAGAAUGGAGAAUAUAGAACCGAACUAUAUCACUUUUAUUGUCGUGCUUUAUGCGUGUAGUCAAGGAGGAUUGAUCGAUGAAGGGUGGAAAUAUUUUUUAUCUAUGUCUAGUGAUUACGGAAUUUCUCCGGGAGAAGAUCACUAUGUGUGUAUGGUGAAUCUGCUUGGUCGCGCCGGGCAUAUUAAGGAAGCUAAGGAACUGAUCUUAAGAAUGCCGUUUAAACCAGGGGUGCUUGUUUGGCAAACUUUAGUAGGUGCUUGUCAACUUCAUGGUGAUUUAGAAACGGGGAAACUAGCAGCAGAGCGUGCAAUGCAUUUCGAUACACUUUCUUAUUCAACUUAUGUCACAUUGUCUAACAUGUUUGCUGAUCUUAAAAACUGGGAUAGUGUAGGAAUGUUGAGAAAUCUUAUGGAGAAUAGGGCUGUGAAGAAAGUGCCCGGAUCCAGUUGGAUUGAAGUAGGGGUGUAAGUAGAAACAUGACUAAUCUCACGUUUCGUUCAACUCUAAAAAUCUAAAAGCUCGAAAUGUAUUUGAACUCAAUCGAGUUUUAUUUUAGGAGAUCGGACUCGUUAUAAUAUUUGAGACUCGAGCUCAACUUCACUUGA